AUGGAAGAAGAGAAUAAGCUGGUGGAGAAGAUGAUCGAGUUUGGCUACUCCAAGGAAAUCAGUCUGAGGGUUAUCAAGAAGAGCCGCGCGAAAACAAUCGACGAAGUGUUAAAUUGGAUCGAGCAGAGUGAACAAAAUGGAGGUGACGAGGAUGACGGAUACGAUGGAGGUGCAACAACUCCUGCUGAGUGUUUAAACGAUAAAGACGGAGGAAAGAACCCCGAACACACAACAACGAACACCGCGGACAAGGGUGAAAGCAAACCCAAAAUGACCCCAGAAGAAGCACAGAGGAAAGCAAUGGAACUACAGAAAAAAAUAAGAGAAAAAAAAAUGAUGAAAGAAAAAGAAGAAGAAAUACAAAAAGAAAAAAACCGAAUUUCUAUGGCGAAAGAAAUGCAAAAAAGAAGAGAACAAAUGGAAGAAUUCGAAAGAAAAAAAUACAUCGAAAAUUUGGAAAAAGAAAAAAAUGAACAUAAAAAGGAAAAAGAAAAACAGCUUCAAUUGUUAAGGAAGGAAUAUGAAGCCAAGUUUGGUAUCGCAUACCAAGUACAGAGUGAAAAAAAAAGCAUUAAUGAUUUGACAGAAAAUGAAAAGAGGGAAGAGAUUGCCAUUUUGCUAAACAGCUUAAAAAAUAAACACAAGGACAAGAAGAAGGAGUUACUGAGCUCGCUAACUAUUUUGAAAACGUACUUUUCCAAUAUCAGGGAUAAUAUUUUGGAGAAGAAGUUUCAGAAAAUUAAAAAGGAGAAUAAGGUGUUCGUCGAAAAGAUUAAAGUGUACGAGGAGAUGCUACAGGUGUUUUUGCUUGUCGGGUUUGAGGACACGGGCGAUUUUUACGAAAUUAAAAACUACCCAAACACGUACCUCCUCUCGUCGGCCAUCAAAUUCAUUGAUUUAAUUAUGAAGAAUUUGAGUUCGUAG